GACCCAUCCACACGCUCUGCGUUUCCGCGCGCGUGGUAUCGCGUGGGAGAAUUACCAUGAAAGCGAGGCUGGCGCCAUCUUGAAACGCGAAUAAGAAAGAAAGAUGCCGAAGCGGAAAGAAGCAAGCGAAGAAGAUACAAAAGGUUGGUAGAGGUCUCUAUUCUACACUAGUUUGAACUGUAAUGGACUACAAAUUCUAGAUUUUAUACUAUCGAGUUCUCUUAUGUUGUGUUUGAGAGCCCCUCGUAACCAUAUCAUUUGGCGGAGACGACUCAAGUUUUAGCUGAUAUGUUUUGGAACAGUUUCGUUCUUUAAUGCUUGUGUUUUAUUCAAGUAUAAAAAUCUCUCGGUGGGCAUCAAGACUUAAUUUAUGGCCAUCUAGUAAUCUAGCAUUCAUGUCAAGGAAUAAGUGAUUUCAUAAAGGAGAGGUUAGCUUUUGAUCAGAAGAUACAAGGAGCAUGUACGUUUUCUUGUUUGUGUUUAUCAUAUUGAUAAAUGGAAUUAAUUUCUUGUGGCAUUUUAUGCUCAAUCAAAAACCGCAGCGAUAAAAUUAAAGGAUUUUCUCACUGUAUGAAGUGUAGUAAACACUCAAAAUGACAAAUAAUUAUAAACAAACUGAAGAAUCAAACAGGUUGCGAAAUUAACCUUAACACCCAGACAUCAGUAUCCACAUUCUCCAUACUGUUCUCUAUCCAUUUCCUUUGGUACUGUCUAGGAGAAUUGGUUUAUCAAUCCAAGCUUUAGAUGCUGGUCACUCCUAGGGUUUGAAAGGGUUGAAAGGGUGUUGUGGAUGAAAUUCAUUACUGGAGGAACCAGGGGUGUAUGAAAAAGAAAGACAGUAGAGUGUUCUCUGAUGAAGAUUUUUAAAACCAAACACAGAUGUAAAUGAGAGAGCUAUUUAACUGGAAGUGGUCCCUUUCUUUGUGUUAGAAUCAUCAUCCACUUCUCCUAAAAAGAAACACAAGCACAAACACAAGAAGCACAAGAAGAAGAAGGAUCAUGGACCAGAGGGACUUGAAGAACCUCGCAAAAAGGAAAAGAACAAAGAUAAGAGUAAAUCACGAGAGAAAGACAAGGACAGGGAUAGCAAUAAAGAUGAGGGAAAAGCCGUGACUCUUAAGAUAAAACUCAGGGGUGAAACAUUAGCAACAACACAGUGAGUAGAUUGAAAUGACACCCUAGGUUUUAGUGCAUCAGUCUUACAUGUAGCAAUAUAAAUUAACCCUGUCACACCACACUCAUAUAACACAACAAACAAACAGGACAAUGAAUCCAUUUGGGAAUCUUUAAUGAGGAAACCAAGGGUCUCUGAGAGCUCAAGGAAAGUCUUUGGAAUGGGAGGGAGGGAAAUGUAACAGCGGCAAUGAUGACAUGAACAAAUGGAAUGAAAAUGUCAAGCAAAUUUCAGUCAACAGAAAGGAAUCAAUUAGAGGAAUAUUAGUUGAUGGAACACCAAAAGCUAAUAUCAUAGAAUUGUACGGCAGACAGCAAGGAGAAUUACAAAUGAGAUCUUGUGGGUGAAACGAGUAAACUGGUGUAAUUAAGAUGAACCAGCCCAUCUUAUGGAAAUAUGUAAGGUAGAUUAGAGUUUUUUCAAAUAUUCAAUAACCCAUCAAACUGGCUGGUGUUCUAGUAUUCUAAACAAAGUGUAAUAACUUAACAUUUUACUGGCUUGUGUUUUUAGAAUGGCAAAAAUAGUUCCUGUGAAAUCGCCAGAGGCUGUAAUAACCAGUGGAGAGGAGGAAGACGAAGAUAGUUAUCAGCCAUCUUGGCAAGGUUUGCUGAAUAUACAAAUAUUCACUAUAUAAGCGUCAUAACCCUUAAACUCCCAUGAGUGACCAAGACAGAAUUUUUCCCUAUAAUAUCAUCAAAAUAUCAAGCAGACAAGUGAUGAGAAUAUUUAGAAAAAUAUCAACUGGGUAUUAUUAGUUAAUAUAAUACCAACUUCUCCAAAGUAACAUCUUAUGAAUUGUAUAGCAGACAAUAAAGAGAAUUUCUUAUGAGAUCCUGGGAGUGAAGGUGGUAGAAGUAUCUUCAACGUUGUUAAGUGUACUCUUCAUACCUCCUAUCCAUGGUUCAUAGGCUAUUGACCCUUUAACUCCCAAGAUCUGAUUGUUAAUUCUCCCCUGUAGCUGCUACACAUUUCCUUGUAAAUUAGUUAUGAGAACUUGGUGCUAGAUCAAGAUAGCAGCUUCUACCUGAUAAGUUUGAAUAUUCUCAUUACCUGUUUGCUGAAGAAUGUAUGUAUAUCGUAAAGAGAAGUUUUAUGUUAAUCACUUCUGGGAGUUUAAGGGUUAAUAAUAAAAUCAAACUGUUCCCCUAAACAUGGCGUGAUUCAUAGAAAUCUUCUGCAUCAGUUUUAUCAAGUAAUGCUUAUUUUGUGAAAGAUUGUUAUUCAGUAAAUGACACAGGUAUACUUGGAAAAAAGAACUGGGAGUGCUCAAAAUGGGAGCACUUUAUGAGUAGCUUCACAAGUGAAAUGUAGUGUGUCAGUAUUUAGAAAUGAUAACUUUGAGAGUUAAUUAGGUUGUGUGGUGUUGUUUUUAAGGAAGUGAAAAAGAGGAGAAAGAUGAGCCUGAAGUUGCUGAGAAACGUGGCGAUUCUGAUGAGUAUGUUUUUUAGUUUUACACUCAUAGUUGCAACACAGCUAAAAAGAAUGUUUUACUUCAGAUCUAUGGUUGAACAGUUGAAGUGGGUUUUCUGACCUUAUGGGACUGACCUCACAAGUUUAUUAAAAGGGACUUUAUUGUUUUCCAAUCAUAACUUUCCUAAGGUAUAAACAAGUAGAAUUCUUUUAACAAUCAAGAACUUCUUGAUAUUGUAAGGGAAAAUUAAUGUGGGUCACUCUUUGUGGUCAAAAGGUUGAGACAUUUUAUCAAAUUAUCCAGAAUAAGAAAGGUCUUCACUUAAAGGAGGGUUGUUUAAAUGAGCUUUGACUGUAUUGAUGUUAUUUGACAGUCAAGAAGAGCAGAAAUGGUUAGAUGCAUUAGAGAAAGGUGAACUGGAUGACUAUGGUCGCGUCAAACAAGACAAGGAUGUGAGCAUGAUGACUGCCAGACAGGUAGGAUUCCUUUGAACCAAAACUGUUUGUUUUUUUGUUGUCAAAACUUGUGAUAAUUUUUAUUUUGAAGAAAUCUAUAUUAAAUCAUACCCUGCUAGUUUGAACACUGAAUAACACUGUCCACUGUAUAAAACUGGAUAGCACAGUAUAUUUUUGAACAAGUAUGUGCUGGAGAGCGAUUCGUCCAUUGGCCAGCAUUAACCCUUUACACCUUAACAUCAAAAUGUAUAUUCUCUAUACUGUCCUCUUUAUAUAUCAUAAGGUGCUGACAAGGAGAAUUUGUGUAACAAAGAAGUGAAACUUAAGUUGGUGAUCAUUGUCUAUAUUGUAGUGACAUUAAUGUGCGAUUCAGGGGUGAUCUUGUGAGGAGAAAUUAGAUGUUAGUCACUCUUACAUGUCAAAGGGUUACAUGUAACUGCCCCGUAAACAACUGGGUUCAUCAUUCAAGUUAUGGGCAAAACCAUUUACACUUUUUAACAUGCAAAGUAACAAAAGUUAGUGAAAUUGUCUUCGCUAUGAUAAUCACCAUCCUCAGCUUGGCUGUUAAGGCGUAGUAAUUACAAUUCCUAAUAAUGCAAACUUUUGUGUCUUUGUCAGAGAGCCAUGCUUGGACAUGAAAUAGAGGGAGAAAAUCAACUUUUGGAGCUUCCAACAGGUAAGAUGUUUGUGAAAUAAACCAAAAUUGUCAGAACUGACUCAAGGCUAAGGCAACUUGUGGCAUUGAUAUUAACCUGCAAAGUUAGGGGAAGGAUGAAACUAUACAAGAAGAUGAUUUCUAUUGGAUAAACUUCUUUUCAAGUUAAUUUUCAUUUACUCCUUAAUGUCCUUGUAAAGCUUUCUAGAGAUUUAUGUCUGGAAAAAAUGCAGAGAUUCCACCUAGAGGUUAUAAUGGAAGCUGAUUUUCAAUGGUCUGCUGCAGCCUAAAAGGCUUUAUGAGGUUUCUUACCAUUCCCAUGUAGGACUUUUAUUUGUAAGGUUUUUGUGAGCUUUUUGAUGGACACAGCUGCAUGUUUGCUAAAAGCAAUCACUCAGUGACUUCGUUUUCAUUAUGUCAUUGUUCUUACAUCUAUGUCACUAAUGAAAGGCAACGCACAAUUUCAGAACCAAGACGGAAGAAUGAAGACACUGAAGAAGCUCAGAGAAGACGGAAACAAAGAGCUAAGAAGAGAAAACAGCAAAUGCAGAAAAAAAUUGAAGAAAAUAAGGUACCUCAAUGGUGUAUGAAAUCAAUAAUAACUUAAAAAGCUAUGUUUAGAGCCAAGGUGUUGUUAACAGACAUGUCUGUGUGCACACAUUUCAGAGGUACCCCUGCUAUCAAUUACAAUACUACUAUACUUAAAAUGAACUAAGUUUUUGUGGCAGAGGAGAUGCUGAUUAGUAUAACUCACAAUCAAUAAUUUCACUUUUCCCAGACACAAACUGUGAAGAAACUGUUGGAUAGAGAAGCUACAAGAUCACGCAAAGAGGAGGAGAAGGUAAAGCUCAUGAAAAAUUCACAUGCUUUACAGAAGCCAAAUUCUAUACCAAUUUUUAAUGGCAGCUGACCAUUACCAUACACUUAAGGUAGAUGGGUGAAGGGUACAGUUUACAGACAACUUGCUAUCCUUGCCCAAGUUGAUUGAAGUAACUCCCAGAGCAACACAGCUCUAUUUUGCGGCCAAUCUAGGACUGCUGUGAAUUUUUUUCAGUGGACCCAGCCUAGAGUGAUUAAUUAUUUUGAGAGGUAUUGGCACUUAACUUUCCUAGUAGGAAACUGUCUAUUCUGUUUUUUAGCAGGCACGAAAAAAGAAGCAGGAGGUUCCUCACAUAAGAUAUGUCAGUAAUUACCAGGGAUUUGCUAUGUCCUUUUCAACCGGCUUGGAGUUUCCAUUACAAAUGCAGUCAUCUCAGGGGUAGGUUUUAAAAGGUGGAAAUAAUAAUAAUAAUAAUGAUAAUAAUAAUAAUAAUAAUAAUAAUAAUAAUAAUGACAAUAAAUAAUAAUGACCACUUUAAUAUUUUGGAGUAUAACAUACCUAUGGGAACUUUUCAUUUGUUAUUUGUGUGCUCUGUAGUCAACUAAUUAUUUGGGAUAUAUUUUUCAGGCCUCCAAAACCAAGAUCAGCAUGCUCAGCUCAGGGAUGUACAAACCUGAAGAAAUAUUCAUGUUCUAGUAAUAAUCUGCCAGUUUGCAGCAUGGCAUGUUACAAGAAGGUUCAACUGAUUCCUCGGCAAACCGCAACUGCAGUCUAACCAAGCAACAAGAUGUAAUAGAGGGCUUUUCCAAUUGAGCAUUAUAAAACCAAAGCCAAAGUAAUCACAACAACGAAUCAAAAGAAAGGAAAAAACCUUUAACCUUUUCACUCCCAAGAUCUAAUUAGUAACUCUCCUUACUAUCUGCCGUAAAAUUCUUAUGAUGUUAGUUCAGAGAAUUUGAUAUUGGAUCAACUAAUAAUCCCAUAAUUGAUAUUCUUCUCUAUUCUCAUCACCUACCUGCUUGAUAUUGUAUUGAUAUUGUAAGGAGAAAUUCUGUCUUGGUCACUUGUGGGAGUGAAAUGGUUAAGAGCCCAUAGGAACAUUUAUGUUAAAACAAGAAAACUUUGAAAAGGGUGGGAAAAUGCACGUGCCCCAAUAAGGGUUGGUUUUAGUUUUGCAUCUGAUUGGUUAUGAGAUUAGUGGAAGUUUUCUGGAUCAGUCACAAAGGGAAGUAAGGCAAAAACAAAGCAAUCCCAUUUUGACACUAUUGAAAAUUGCUCUACCAGCAAUCCUUACAUUACAGAUUCCUUGCAAUGAAUCCAAGCUGAUACUAUGGAUCAAUAUCAGUAUCUGGGCAACUGCCCACCUACCCCUCCCCAAACCCAACAUUAACCCUAACUUGUUAUCGAUAGACUGUUGUUGGGUUAGGGGAGGGGUAGUUGGGCAGUUGCCCAGAUACUGAUAUUGAUCUGAUACUAUUUUGUACCAGUUGAAUUCUUUUGAACAGGUUCAGAUUGUAUCUUAGUUACAACACUCAAUAAAGCACAUUUAGGAUUAAAUAUUUUAUUGUACUGUUACAAAUUCCUGAGGUUCUACUGGUCUCUCCUACAUACAUAAGCUAUUUAUUCCUAAUAAUAGAUUAGUGGCCACCUGAUAAAAAAACAUAAAACCUAAUGACAAGAACGACCUUACUUGUACUAGUUUGGUGUAAAUAAUUCUACAGGCAGAUAUUCCAUACCUUAACACCUGCACCUUUUUUAACAUCAUAUUUAGUUUUAAAUCCAACUUAAAUGCAGAAUAAUAAGUUGAGUUUGUGAACUAACAUUAAUGAACAAGCAUUCUACUGUCAGUAGCUUACACACACAAGGACUGCAAACUAUACAUAAGAUGGUGCAAUUUUCUGGAACAAAAUUCAUAUUUACAGCAGACAACACUAGGCUAUUAUUCUCUUAUCUACUUAAACAGGG